AUUCUGUGCUUCUCAUGACAGUUACAGACAUAGACAAAUAAGGUUACACAUAACCUAUUAUCACAGACUGUAAUCUGUGCUAGUUAGCCAUUUAUGAUGUUAUUAGUUCGUUAACGUUUGAAAGUUUGAAAUUGUUGAAUCUUUCAGCUAAAAAAAUUAUAUAGAACAAAGUUAUAAUUAAUUUAAUAUUAAUUUAAAAUCAUGGAUACUGACGAUGCUUCAUUGACUUGUUCAUUGAAGUUAGAAUGGACAAAUUCCCAAGGAAUAAUAAAUAGAAAACUCCAAUCUAAAAACGCAACCUUGAGACUGAUGCGGGAUGAAAGUCGAGUUAUUUAUGUGGAAAUAAGAUAUGACAAAGCAUCACCGAUUAAAUUGCCCUUGAAGAGAUUGUCUGUUCAUAAAAAUUUUAUGAAAGAAGGCAGAGCAUCUAUCAAAUUUCAAGAAUUUGGAUGUACUGCUUUUAUGACAAAUGCUCCUCCAUCUCAGUUAAUAGGAUUUUUGAGAACAAUGUUUGUGAAAAUGACUGGAAAUGCCCCCAAAAAUGAAAAGGCCACUUCUCUAAGAACUCAACUUCUCUCAAACAAACCACAACAGUUUGAGGAAAUAAGUCCUGUAACCAAGGGAGAAUUAUGUAGGGUUCAAAAACACGUUAUGGGAAAAUCUACUACUACGCCUUCACCGAUACGCAAACGUAAAUUGAGUGACUCAUCAUCUGAUUCAAGACCAUCAUCUGCUAAAAGGCUUUAUACUUCAUCAUCUACAAUUCAAGAUACUCCAUUAGAUAUACAACAAAAAGAAGUAUUGGAAACAUGUUUGUCAGGAAGAAAUGUUUUCUUUACAGGAAGUGCAGGCACAGGCAAAAGUUAUUUGUUAAGGAAAAUAAUUGGUUCUUUACCUGCUGAUGUUACUGUUGCAACUGCAUCAACAGGUGUUGCAGCCUGUCAUAUAGGAGGCAUCACACUGCAUCAGUUUGCAGGUAUUGGUUUAGGCACUGCUUCAAUUAAUGCUUGUGUUGAUAUGGCAAUGAAAAGUGCCUCUUCUCUAAUAUGGAAGAAAUGUAAGCAUCUCAUCAUAGAUGAAGUAUCUAUGAUCGAAGCAGAUUACUUCCAGAAGGUAGAAUAUGUAGCUCGCAAAAUUCGGAAAAGUGAUAAGCCUUUUGGUGGAAUUCAGCUGAUAUUAUGUGGUGAUUUUUUCCAACUUCCACCAGUAAGAAAAUGGAAUGAUAAAGACAAAAAAAAAAUAAAUUUCUGUUUUAUGAGUCAAGCAUGGAAAAAAUGUAUACAAGACACCUUUGAAUUGAAGAAGGUCCAUAGACAAGAGGAGCAAGAUUUUAUUGAUAUCUUAAAUGAAGUGAGAAUAGGAAAAGUUUCAAUAGAAUCAGAAAAAGUGCUGGCAGCCACCGCUUCUCAAUGUAUUGAAAAAGAUGGGAUUCUUGCAACACGACUAUGCUCUCAUACUCAAGAUGCAGAUUUAAUUAAUGAAGGGAAAUUAAAAGAUUUACCUGGUGAUAUAAGAAUAUUUGAAGCACUGGACAGUAAUCCAGCUUCAAGUAAAAUGCUAGAUAACCAGACCACAGUGCCUAGAAGGUUAGAAUUAAAAAUUGGAGCACAAGUAAUGCUUUUGAAAAAUAUUAAUGUGUCAAAAGGACUAGUAAAUGGAGCUCGAGGGGUGGUUAAAGAAUUCAAGAAUGAGUUACCAUUGGUGAAAUUUAGGAAUCAAUUAUACCUUGCCCAACCUGAAAGGUGGAGUCUGAAGACGUCUACUGGUGUAGUAGCCAGGAAACAAGUGCCACUUCGCCUUGCUUGGGCAUUCUCCAUUCAUAAGUCACAGGGACUCACAUUAGAUUGUGUAGAAAUGUCUUUGAAUAGGGUGUUUGAAGCGGGUCAGGCUUAUGUGGCCUUGAGUAGAGCUCAAAGUUUGAAGACAUUGAGAGUCCUAGAUUUUAAGACAUCUCAAGUGUGGGCAAAUCCGGAUGUUAUCAAUUUUUAUAGCAAACUAAGAAUUCAGAGAGAUUGUUCAAAUCUUGUUCCUUUGGGUAUCAAAAAUAAAAACACCAAAACAAAUAAUAAAAAUUUAUUGAAAGGGAAGUCAAAAUCCUUGAUGAGCAAACCUCUUCUCAACAUCUUAUAGUGAUAAAUAUUUGGUUAAUAUUGAUUUUAUUUAAUAUUGUGUGUUUAGAAAAAAACUAGCCGCAGGAGCCUAUAGAAUUCUUAAUGCAUGUCUUAAGCUCUUAUCAUCAUUGUGAUUCAUGAGAAAUAAAUAAUUUUUGUAACCCAAAGCCAGGAAGUCCAUCACACAACAGGCUAGUUUAUUCUGAACACUUGAUAGAGCCGAAUAAUUAAUUUUAAGAGGAAAUGAACUGAUAGAGUUAAUACAAUUGAAAUUCAACAUAAUAUUUUUAAACAUUUGCAAAUAUUUAAAUGUAUAUUUCAUUGAUAUUAAAAUUUUUUUAAAGGAGAAAAUUCAAUAUAAUGAUAAAAAUAUGACUACCUCUUUUUUUAUGUAUUCCAACAUCAUGUUAAUUAUUCGAAAAUGUAUUUAUUUCAAUAAUAAUAUUUGAAAUUAUGAA